AUGACAGAGAAAUCUUUUAUUUUCAUGGAAAAUAGCGAAACUUACAAUGUCCCUUUACUCCCUAUAGACUAGAAAGUACAGGAGAGACAUAAGGACAUGAGGAAAACAAAAUGGAGAUAUGUAAUUCUUGCCCUCGUUUGUUAUCUUAAGAUGUGCUCUUACUACAUUACAAACAAUCCAGGUAGCAUCUAUUAAGAAAUAGUUCAGAAUUUCGGCAUAUCUAACGUUUAAUUUGGACUAUUGUACUCAGUAUACAAUCUCCCCAAUAUUGUGAUCUCACUGCUGAUAGGCCUACUGAUUGACAGGAUUGGAAUAAGAGUAUCAACGAUAAUAUUUACCAUAGGAAAUCUUGUAGGAUAGAUCAUUUUUACUUACGCUACUUUCAUUCAAAACUACUAGAUCGCUUUAAUUGGCAGAUUUUUGCUUGGCUCUUGCACAGAAUCUUCAAGCUUGUGCUUCAUUAUAAUCCUCAACAUCUGGUUUGAGGGUAAAGAGCUCGGCUUUGCCUUUGCUGUAUUAAUAACAGUUGCGAAAGGUGGUAUAAGCUUAACUAAUUUCAUAACUCCAUAGAUUUAUGUAAUUACUUAGAGUCUUCCAGCAUGCUUAGCAGGAGGGAUUAUAAUUUGUACAGUGGCAAGUGCCCUUUCAUUUUUGUUCUCAAAUAUAGAUUCUAAAAAUGAAAAGAAUCUUAAAAGAAAUGAGGAAAUAGAUCGACUUUAAAGAAAUGAGCAACAUGUACUAGCUGAAGAGACUCACAGUUGGAUAUCAUCUACUUUAUUUAAAUAACUAGGAAUAAAAUUUUGGAUGUUUGCCUUAGUGAAUUUUCUUACCUAUUUCACUUAAGCACCAUUUCAGUAAAAUCAAAGUUAAUUUCUAAGAUCCAGAUUCAGCUUCGAGAUAGUAGAGGCUGGCUAAAUACAAGGAAUCCUUGCUUUGGUAAUGACAGUCUUUUGCCCCAUUACAGGAUUGAUAUCAGAUAGGGUAAAUGAACGAAUCGGUGCACUUGCCUUAGCUAAUUUCUUAUAUAUGGUGAGUCAAACAUUUAUGGGACUAAUGCCAGAUUGCUAUAAAUGUUCUCUAAUUAUUCUGCCUCUCUCAAUAUAUGAGGUAUCUAUGGGAAUAUUUAUCUCUAAUGUGUGGGCUGCUUUGAAUGAAAUUAUACCUAAGAGAAUUUUAGGGUUCUCAGUUGGAUUUAUAAAUUCAGCCUAGAACAUUGCUCUUGCUUUUGGGCCAUUAGCCAUUGGAAGAGUUUUAGAUGGAUCGAGAGAUUUAAAGACUGGCUUUAAAAUUGUAAAUUUCAUACUACUAGGAAUUAACACGAUAACCUUUUUUAUACUUUUUAUCUGGCUUAUAAAACAAAUAAAAGCUAGAAGAUCAAGCUAAUGA